CUGGGCCUCACCUGCGAUGCGAUGCUGAGCGAUACUGUGUAUUGGCUUCCUCUGGUCACGUCUAGCUAAACAAGUUGAAAUUUUCCUUGGGAGGGAGUCUGUAUAGAGUAUACCUUUGGAAAGUAACCCCAGAGCCAACACCAUCACUCAGUGGAUCGGUCAUCCAGGUAACGACGAGGUAGGAGAGGAACACCGGAGUCGGGUGGGGGUGGGCUCGGGGCAAGGGGAGCAGGGCUGGCAUGGGAGUGGGCCCGUGAAAUGCUUUGUUUCAACUGAACAGAAUAUAUGCUGAACCCCAAAGUCAUUAAAAGGGGAAGUGCCAAAGGAGAUCUAGCUGGGAAGCGGGAGGCCAGAAAUCUGGGAGAGCUGGAGCCACAGCACUCUGCUGAGGAAAAGAGAUCGGGCAUUCGAGGCAGCCUCAAGGGAGGCUGCGUCCACCUGUCUGUGCUAGGAGCUUUGCCAAGGGCGAACACAAGUGUCCCCAACGUGGGAGAGUUUCUACAGGGAACAAAUGGGAACUAGGGACAAUCCCAUCGUGAUCUGGAGAGGGACGAGAUCUGGGGACAAGCAGAGCUCAACAGGAGACCCUCAAGCAGGGUGGAGGCAGUAGCCGUUCACAGACGGCGCUGGCGCUGUGGGUAACAGUGUGUCUGAGGCGCUGUGGGUGACGCCGAGCUUGAGGAACAAGAGGGACGCGCUCACCCUGCCGAGCUCAGCCCUGCUCUGGGAACACUGGAUCCAGGGGCGAGAAAAAAGGACUCUCUGUUCAGGCCCGUCUGAGCAGGACCACCUAACCAACAGAAGCAGGUGGAAGAGACCAAAGCAGGAAGUGGGGGGGGGCUGCCAACCGAGACCAGGCCAGCUAGACCGCUAAGGACUGCCGUCUUCUGAGAGCUACAGUCCCCCAAGGGCCCAUCUGACUGGGAUGGACGUGGUGGUAGUCAAGCCAGGACUAACCAGGGCCUGGCCCUUGAGCUAAGCUGAGAGGCCAACAACAGGUCUCCCCCGUCCUCAGGGAGUGGGAGUGGACCUAGAAUCAUGGCUUCUCUAUCCAUCCAGCGCCUGGCCCCGGGAAACAGUGUGCCUGGCUGUAGCCAGGAGCCUUUCUGGAGAACUCAAACCAUGCUUCUGUAUACUCGUAGAAAAGAGAGAAGCUGGGGGCCUGUACCCGUCCCUCCCCCACACUUGGCCAGGGUUCCCUCUCCAGACCAGCUCGGAGCCACCUUUGUGACAUCACAUGACAGAUAAGGAGGGCGAUGACCCGGGCACCCGGUUGCCCCACUACGCAAUUCUAGAAUUCCGCGAACAGUAUAUAUUGGGCAUCCUGUCUUGGCUGGAGGCAUUUCUGACUCGAGAGUCUAGGAAGACGGCCUCAGGGUGAAAAUGCUCUUGAUCUAGACUAGCUCCAUGGCUAGUCAGAGUAACGACGACACAUACCAAGUCAUGCUGGCUCCUCCCGGUGAUGGGGAGUCGGCAGGAGAGGUCCCGUCCAGGUCCUCCCUGCACCUCAAUUUGGAUUCCAGGAAUUUGGAGAGGCAUGAGGAUCCAGCCGUGAGCCGAGAUCCAGGCCCCCAAGACAACCCACAGCCACCGGCCCCAAACCACGGUGCCUACAACGUGGGAGAAAACAUUUUCGGGCUCUCCUUCCCAAGAAGGCUCUGGAGGAUCGUGGAGGACAACACCUUCACGUCCGUGUGCUGGAAUGAAGACGGCGACACUGUGAUCAUCGAUGAAGACCUUUUCCAGAGGGAGAUUCUCCACCGGAGGGGCCCAGAGAGAAUCUUUGAAACUGACAGCUUGAAGGGGUUCAUCCGCCUAAUGAACCUGUACGGGUUCAGCAAAAUACGCCCAAACAACCCUUCGGUUCAUGCCCCAGGGAACAGGAAAACGAUGCUCUACCGCAACUCCCGCUUUCAGCGAGACAGGCCAGGGCUGCUGGAGAAUAUUCAGAGAAAAAGUGACCUGAGAACUGUCACCAGGUGGCCAGGGAGCGGCGCAACACCGUCAAAGAGAAAGAAGCCCGUAGUACCUACAAGACGGUCCCCACGAAUCCAUCACAAGGAAUCCACCAAGGAGGACAAGGCGGCCCCCAAAGAAGGCCCAAAUGUUCCGGGACCCAGUGGCACCGGGUCCUUUACCUUCUCUGGUAUCUGGUCCCUGAGCAGCGCGGCGGGGUGUGACACGGAGAAUCCUGCCUCCAGGGAGCAGGGCGGCCCAUGUGGGGAGGGCACCUCCGGGAAUGACACAGUUGCGCCCCCGGCUACCACCGGAAGGGAGGGCGCGGGGGAGCUGCCCACCGCCCCCGCACUCUACCCAGAUUACGGGUCAGUGAUGUCGCUGUACAACACCUGCUAUUCUAUCCUGCUGGCUGCCCUUUCGGUCAUGUCCCCAGACGAGGUCCCCAGUGAGAACGAGGAGGAGGAGGGCUCCUCAGAUUACAGGUGUGCCCUCUGUGAACAUUUCAAGGACAAUCCAGGUCCCUAAGCUCACAGGCCAC